AUGGCCUUCCUCGCCGACCUCGCCAAUGUCAUUGACGGCGCCACCGCCAUGGUGGCCGCCCUGCAGAGCUACGGUGCCGACAUCUCGCUCUGGGCCCCGCCGCAGACCGAGAGGGACGGGUACUGGCCGGACGCCACUUCGGCGUCACCAAGCGGAGAGGCCGCCCGGAAGGAGCUCCCGCGGCCGGGGACACCGCCGGACGCAACAGUCUGCAAGGAGGGCAGAUGCCAGUUCAGAGCGGUUCAGGCGGCGGUAGACGCUGCACUGAUUGACGGGACUUUCGAUCAUAGCUUGUCUCUGUCCUUCGUCACGGAUCACGGUGUGAGUGGAGAUGGCUUCAAGGCCCGGGACCUGGCCUUCGCCAACACCGCCGGGCCGGACAAGCACCAGGCCGUGGCCUUCCGCUCCGACAGCGACCUCUCCGUGCUCGAGUCGGUGGAGUUCCUCGGCCACUAG